CUUAACGGCCAUAACGAGGCCUGACAGCACCAAAAAGCUUCCUGAAGGCCUCCGAGUUGCUCGUGUCGACUAUAGUAGCGAUGACGACGCCGAACUUGUAGAGGCGCUUCGCGGGCAGCAGGCCUUGAUCAUUUCUAUGUCAGUCCAUGCUCCAAGGGACAGCGUCAGCAAGCUUGUACGCGCAGCAGCCAAGGCCGGUGUACCGUACAUCCUACCCAACUGGUUCGGGCACGACGCCGCCAACGACAAGCUGUGCGAAGAUAGCAUGCUGAAGGCCUCGCUAGACAACAUCACCUCAGAGAUCAAAAGCCUCGGCGUCAGCUCGUACAUCCUUCUCGUGUGCAACUUCUGGUACGAGUUUAGCCUAGGCGGCGGGCCCGACCGUUUCGGCUUCGACUUCAACAAGCGCACGUUGGUCAAGUUCGGGGACGGCACGGCGCCUAUCCGCACGAGCACAUGGCCGCAGUGCGGGCGGGCCGUCGCCGCGCUUCUGAGUCUCAAGGAGUUCCCGGACGAUGAGGCAGACACGUCGUCGCCUACGCUAUCGCGGUUCCGCAACGGCUGCGUGUAUGUCUCGAGUUUUCGCCUCGCUCAGCGCGACAUGUUCGAGAGCGUGAAGCGCGUCACGCACACCACGAACGCCGACUGGACUGUUACUCGCGAAUCUGCCGAGGAGCGCUGGGGGCAGGGCAGGGCUGCUCUGCAGGAGGGGAAUUGGAAGCUCUUUACUAAGAUGUUAUAUAGUCGCAUGUUCUUCCCGAAUGGCGAUGGUGACUACAAAGGGGAGCUCCAUAAUGACUUGCUUGGCUUGCCUUUCAGGGUUUAUAGCAAGGAAGUAGCUUUUAUAAGAAAUGCUUUGCCAUAUGGCAUUCUUUCCUUAUCCGAAACCAUAAUAUCAUUCGGUUUACGCGUGGGUUCCAUUCGUAGUAGAAUCGAUCCUCCUAUAGGUCGAACACAUUCUAGGUCAAGUGUGCACAGCAGGUAGGUGCAUAGAAACGGCCGUCUUAGUCCGCUGUCUAGGUACCUAAUAUUCGUGGAGUUUUCGCAAGGAGCUCUUCAGAACGAGUGGGAAACGGAUAGAUCGCGGGAGGGGAAUACAUACGUGAUAGCACCUGUCAAUCACGGACAUGUGGCAGUCUAGGCCAAUAGUUGGGCCACCGCGUAAGCAAUGGUACAUCAACGUGUUCGAGCAUAUGAACUUGUCACUAAUGGGUUUUAAUGGAGGCCGGUAUAUGUAAAAAUGCUGUUUGCGCGAUAUCGGGGUGCGGGUGUUGCUACUGUGUAAAUGACGGGUAAGAAAUCAUAUUUUAUUUCUUAUCG